GGCUAGGCUGGCCUGUAUUUGGCCCCCUAGCAUCCUCCCAAUACCUCACUGUGAGAUUCGAGGAACUGCGACUGAAAGAGAAUCACUACGAAUAUUCGUCCAUCUUUGAAUAAGGUUUUUGAAGACAACGUCAUGGACGCGAAGAUCCUGCUACUCUUGGCUCUGGCCACUUUCCUGAGCACCGUCUCGCCACUGCCAGCCAAAGUCUCCGUCAAACCGGACUUGGAAAACGCCUUCGAUGACAGAGCGGUCGUGGAAUCGAUUAUAGACUGUUUCACCGGGAAGGCCAAUUGUUCCCCGCAGGAGAAGAAGAUCAAAGACCGUGCCAUGGCAACCAUGAAGAACCUGGGCAGGUGCCCCGACAGCUUCUGCACGGAGCAGGAGCGGACCGACAUGACCCAUGCCAUGGAACUCCUGCAGACGAAGCACCCCGACCUCUGGACGAAGCUGAUCGCCUCGAUGUUCGGGAUACCAGUCUCUAAAGAGUAAGGUAGAAGAAGAAGAAGAAGUAGAAGAGGUUUUGUUUACCUUAGAAAAAUGUACAAAUUGAAGACGCUUGUUCCGUAGCUGUAAGGUCGUGCGUUUUAUGUUUUAUUAAAUUAACGUGUAACUUGUUUU